AUGAGCCUGGAGGACAAGAUGGAGCUCUUCAGGAAGAAGGGGAACAAGGAUGUCUCAUCCUUUCUGGAUUCCCUGACAAAGCAGCAAAGGGAAGCUUUGUGGCAGAGGUUUGCCAAUGCAAGGGCUUCACUGAAAGAUGGUGACAGUGAUGCCAUGUGGGCAGAAGUGGCCAAGGGCAAGGGGUCAGAUGGCCCAAAAAAGAAACUGCUGGGCACCUUCUUGAAGCUGGGGGGUGACCUGAAGAGCAAGAAGGACCUCUGGCACAAGGAGCUGCUGACCUACAGCAAAAGCAGUGGUGAAAGGCACACUGAGGAGUGGGUGCCCUUCCAAACCAUCCUCAAGAGGUUUGGGCUGCAGGAAUGCCUCAGGAGGGUGAAGAGAGGAAGCAUUGCCUGCAGAAGGGACCCAGCUGACAGACAUGAGUGGCAGUUCAGCUUGAGAAAGUCUGUGACAUGGACUGAGGACAAGGCCAGGCAUAGCUUCCAAGGUGGGAGCAAUGCAAAGGCUGAAGCAGCACACUGGCUGGAGCUGAAAGCAAAGGGGUUGCUGGAGGAUGGAGCUGAGGAAAGGACCUUGGCUGACAAGGCCCUCCAAGAUCAGCCCCUGGCCUUGAAAGACAAGAGUGAGGAUGAGAAGGAAGAUGAAGAUAGCCCUGACAAAAAAAAGACAAGGAUGGCCAAGUGGCAGAGGCUGAAGUCCUGUCUGAGGGUCACCAGGAUGGUCAAGCUACUGAAGGCAGUCAAAAAGGAUGUUGGUGCUGCAAAGGGAAAGCCUUUGGAUGAAUGCCUGGCAAAGCUUGAGAAGCUGCAAAAGAUGGGGGACAAGGUGAGCCUGGAGGAUGCGAAGGGGAAGCCCUUUGAUGCUGCCAUCCAGAUCAAGAAGGGGCCAUCUGUCCAAGCUCUUGCAUUGGCAGCAACCAAGAGUGGUGCUAACUCUGCUGAUUUGCAGCAAUUGGCUUCACUGGGGAACUAUGGGAGGUCUUCUGAGCACAUAGCCUCCCAAAUGAUUUCCAAGUAUUGCAAGUCAGACAGCAUCAAGCUUCCUGAGCCCUACUUUGUUGACACCCCUGUUCGUGUGAGAACUGCAGAUGACUGGGUGCUUGCUGUCAAGCCAGUGGCAUUGUACUUGCCACAUGAGUGGUUUGCAUGGCUACAGCUAGAGGAGCAAGCUGCUGGCUUUGAGCAACUGGAGGAAUUCUGGGAGAAUCAUCCCAUGGGUAACCCCAAAUUGGAUGGCAAUCCAAUCAUGGAAGGAUGUGGCAAGUACCUGCCCCUCAUUCUUCAUGGGGAUGGUGGGGCAUUCCAGCGAGCAGAUAGCAUUCUGGUGCUGAGCAUGAGAUCACUGCUAUCUUCAUCCAGUGUAGCCCACAGCCAGAUGCUCCUCCUAGCCCUUCCAAAGUCUGCAAUCCACAAAUCUGAGAUUCUUGCUGAAGAUACCAUGCAUUGCCUCUGGUCAGUGCUGACCUGGUCAAUGCAACAUAUGUACUUCGGCAAAUUUCCAGAGAAAGCUGCAGAUGGCAAAGACUGGCAGCACAAGUCAGCAAGGGGCCAAAAGGCAGGAACCUUGUUGAAUUCUGCAGGGCUUUGUGGAAUGAUCUUUGCCAUCACAGCAGAUGGCGAGUUCUUUCAAAAUGAAUACAAGCUGCCAGGAAGUUCCCAUGCAGAGUGCUGUUGGAGCUGUGGGGCAAACAGGUCCAGUCACCCACACAAUGACUAUAGAGCUGGAGCCAAAUGGAGGGAGACCAUCAAGAACCAUAAGGACAGCAACCCCACAGAUCACCUGAUCAUGACAGUGCCAGGCAUCAAUGGCUACACCUUGGCCUAUGACUCUCUGCACAUCUUGGAGCUGGGUGUUUCAGCCCACAUUGUGGCCAACUUCAUGUUCGACAUGGUGGUGAAGGCAGAAUUGCCAGGCAGCUCUUUUGAAGCCAGGCUGAAGGAACUUUUCAGAAAACUGUCUGGCUUAUACACUGAGCUGGCCACAGACUCCAGCAACCAAGUGAGAAGACUUCACUUGUCCACUUUCUGCCAGCCCAACAAGAAGUGGGACAGUUUUCCUGAGCUCUCAGGUGUGAAAGCAAAACAGUGA